AUGACCAAGAAUGACAUCCUUGUCCUGGACACACUGGAGACGAAUGAGUACCUCGGAGACGAGCUGAUCAACAAAGGGGACAGCGGGGACGAGGAUGAGCUCGACAUACCGGAAGCCCUCAUUCCGCCGAAUCCUGAAGACCAAGAUCAACUGCCCGAUCAGAUACACCCUUCGUACCCAUACGGUAACCCACUGAGCAUCAAGCAUCCCUCGUCCAGACCCCAAGAGGCCAAUGACAUAACCAAACGCGGCGUCUACGAAGCUCUUGGAUAUCCAGGCUAUCAUACAGACCUGCAAGAGUCGAACGUAUGGCGAGAGUUGGCUUUAGGCGCCUACACAUACCUCAUGCUGAACUUGCCGCCUGCAGACGAGCUCUUUCCCGUCGACGACGCCCACGAGAUGGCCGCGCGACAAACUCAGGCGCGCAAGAUGGCCUCUGGCGCAACGGCGCAAGGUUCUGGCAACCCAGCACCCGCUCCCCCACUGCCGCCCAGCGCCGCCGAGGGCGAAAGUGCCUCGGAAGAGGAAGAAGAUGACGAAGUCGAAGAAGACGAGGACGAAGAGGUCGAGGAAGGCGAUGAGAGUGAACCGUGA